GGGUUUUUGUAGCUCGUUAGAGGUACACGUCGUCCUCCAGAGGGGCUCGUUUUCAUCUUGUUUGUGCAGUAAAGCAAGUUGUCAUUAGUGCCGGUGUCAUCUGACGGUGGCCGGGGGCAGCUAACUGUCACGUUAGCCGCGAUCAUUACGUCGCAGCUCGAAACGAUUCGGUGUACAGCGGGAAACCAAUGCGGGUCUUUAUUUAAUUUUUUUAAAGGAAAGGGAACAGCGGGGUUAUAUUUUCGUCUGCUUGAAAAAUAGAUUUUUAAAAAUUAUUUUUAUUUGCGACAAUUUAAACGUUAAAAAAUAUAUCGGUUGUGCCUAUUUUGAAGAAAUUAAUCUACUGGUAGUUGCUUGACAGGCUGAAUCAUUGCCGUGUGCACAUUCUUCUCAUGCCUUGCUCCCAGCAGAUUCGCCGCUGAUUAGGAAGGGCACUGGAAACCAUGUGGGAGUCACAUGCACGACAAGGAUGAUGCGGAAACAACAAGGGGCCGCAAGCUGCUUGUAGAGGCCCCUGAACGGGCAGCCCCCCUCCACACACCCUAACCCCCCUUCUCCUGAACAUAUGCAAUGAACGGCACUACUGAGACCCCUGCCAUCGUCGAUGGAGAUGUGGCAGUCAGCUAUGUGUUGGUGCCAUUUUUCCUCAUCACCAUUAUUGGAAUAGCUGCAGCUGUGGUCAUGUACAUCCGAAAGAAAAGGAGAAUUGACCGGCUCCGUCAUCAGCUGUUACCAGUUUACACCUACGAUCCAUCGGAGGAGCUCAAUGAAGUCGAGCAAGAAAUGUUGUGGAAAGAGGAGGACACGAGGAUUGUUCAAGGUUGGGCCAGAGGUUAUCAACAGCGACGCCCUCUUCUGACCAAAGAUGUCCACGCAUGAUGGCGGGAAAGCACAGCACAUUCUCCGCGUGGAGACGACCUUCGGCCACGGAGAUCGGUCGUUCCUCGAAGACAUGCACGGGACAUUCUUUGUUUGUGUGCGGACCGAUUGGUCAUGUAUGUGGUUCUGAUUCCAAUCCUGUGUGCCUCAUAGACACGGUACCCUUCGUUAAUUUAUUUGAAAAUAUUUAUUCAAAUUUUUUUUUUUUUACUGUGGUAUUCCUCGAUAUGACUCGGAAGUAAAACAUAUGUGAAAUCACUCUAAAGAUGAAGUUUCCUGUGGGUUUAGGCUGUUGUUUACAUGCAUUCUGUUAAUAAAGGCACGCGGUUGUGUUCCUGUGGGUCGCAGGAGGCAUUUGCACUGAGUUCAAGGUGCCGAGUACGAAUGUUCUGCACUAGUUUAAAAUCACCCCUCUUUGCGACCGUUGCCUCGAUAGCUUGUGAAGAGGUUUGCGGUGCAUUAAAAAAAACAUUGCUUUUGAUUAAAUGCUUUUAGUUUGAGGUGCAUUUGCUGGCAUGAAACACUGUAUGACUUUUUAAAUUCAACAUUUCAUAUGUGGCUAAAGAUGUAUUUUGAGAGAUUUAUUUAUUGGGUCGAAUCGGAACGUGCCCCUCUUUGGUUCGAACUUGCGAUCCACAUCUUUUUGUGGUUAAGCGAUAUCCUAUGACUCUUAAUAGCGGCAUUGGUUUAAUAACACCAUCCCACUCACAUCCACAGAAUGAGCCGUGACUCGUGCCCUAAAUAUGUCCUGUCUCGUGGCGUGGCACCAACAUAAACGUACCUCCAGCUGAGGAUGAAUGCCAAAGGUCUGACUGUAUCAAGCACUCAGGAAACCUCGCUGCUUUUUUCUUUGACAAAAUGUAACCUUUAUUUGGCUUUGCAGUGGUGAACGCAAUGAGGUGUUCAAGGGGAACAUGUAUUGGUUACGAUGAUAAAUGUCUUUAAAAGAUGCCUGGACUCGAUGUUAUGCAUCACAUCGAGAUGAGUUUGUGUAAGAAUUAGCUUUUCUUUUUAAAAGACCGGUUUUACUUCGACCUAAAAGCAAUUAAUUGCAUCAUCUUUACACACCAUUAAUUUUCUAUGCAUUAUCUGAAGACUAUUUUAUGUUAAGAUUAAUUCAUUUAUGAAAUAAGUCCCAAUUGAAAGUGUAAUAUCCAGUUAAUACCUUGGUCUGAACUGGUGAAACAGUUUGGGUUGUACAUGAAAUGUCAAUAAACUGAUGUGAAUGAAUUUAGCCGCGCUGUAAAAGCUCCACCUUCAGACAGUUGUCUGUUGUGUUGCUUUGAGAGAAUUAUUUAAGGCUGUCGAUUUACACCUGAAUAAAGAGAUUCAACUCGU